AUGAGCAUUCCGAACCACAGCGGCCACGUCUACGUCCCCUCCAGCAGUCAGGCUACAUGGGGAGCACCGCCUACGGGUCCAGUCGACACUCAGGCACCUUUUGCAGGUCCCUACCAUCCUAGUAUGCCGCCUCAUUUUGUCGUACCGGGAACCGGAGCCGUGCCCAUAAUGAGCAACGAUGGCUCUUCGCCGACUUUUGCUCCUCAGCAUGGCUUUGAGAUGAAUGGAACCCGACCGACACCGCCUGCCUCCACCUCAGGCCCUUACAACGCCCCCGCUGGGCCCUCAAUUUCUCUUCUCUCUCAAGCGCUGCAAGCUAACCUAGCCAGGCAGCAAGCACACCAUGAAGCAGCACAGAGACACAGCCAGCAGUGGGGCGUGGAGCAACACGCUCAAGCUGCGCCUGCGGCAACACACCCUGGCGGCUUCCAUGAUCGUACACAUCACCAUCCACCAUCCGCCGAACUGUCUGGCGCUGACACGUCUGCCAGUAUGGUCUCUCAGUCUCCGUACGUGAGUCAUAGCCGUCAAGCGAGCAGCGCCGCACAUUCGGCACUAGCAUCGGCGUCGUCUUCUAGGCCUAUUUCUCCUGUAGCGAGCUGGAACAACUCCAGCUCUCGGCGCCGCAUCGACUCAAAUGCAGGAGCUAAUGGCCGUUCUCAUGAUCCGAGUUGGCUCCAGGAACCCCCUGGUCCGCAGAAUCCUUCCACGCGCGCAUACAGAGAGCCUGAAGCUUUUGUGGACCCCUUUUCGCCCGAAGAACCUGGACCUCGAUACGAGCAAUUCUACGGAGUUGUGCCGCCCAAAAGCAAUGCAGCUCCGGCCGGUGCUGCGCUGGCCAAUGAUCACAUGGGCCUUUCUACAACAUCCAACCGUGGCAAGCCAAGCGCGCCUUAUGCUGCGUCUGGAGACAGCGCAACAUAUCCGUCUUUCUCAGCACUUGAGGACGAGGAGGCAUCUAUAUUGAGACAGCGGGAGCGUCGAGGAAGUGCUGGAGCUGGCGAUGGCGAUGACGAAGAAGUAGAUCCCGAGGUUAUGGCGCGCAAGGAUCCCCUUGCUACACAGGUGUGGCGAAUGUACGCCAAGCAGAAGAAUGCAAUGCCGCACGGUGCUCGAAUGGAGGUGAGUUUCUUGAAAGACAGCGCGGCUAGGAUCCAGGCUUAGUGACCAAGCUGAUGCUGAAACACUGCGCUCCGCACGAAGAAUCUGACAUGGCGCAUGAUGGCAAUGACUUUGCGCAAAAAGAAGGAGCAGGAAAAGAUGGAGGCCGAGCAGGAGCGCAGUAGGCUGGCGGUUGCUGAAACUGGCGGCGCAGCGACGGCGUCUGAUGCUGCAAGCGCAAGCGCGAUUUCCGCUUCGCAGCCGACGUCGCCCUCGUCCGUCAGCCGCGCCUCGCUGGCAGACUCCUCUCGCCGUAGCAGUGGCUCGCAUCUGGAGCAACCAGAAGCAAUUUCGCACUCGAGCAUCCUCAAUUCUGGCUCUUUGCAUGGCCUCACUACCAUCGCAGGUCCAUCGGCGCCGAAUCACGGUCGAGGCCUCGGCAAGGGCCGGGCGCGCUUCGUCGAGAUUGCCGAAGAGGAAGAGCGCGGCCGCCGAGGCCGCAGCUCGCGCACUCCUGAGAGCAGUGGCACCGCUGGCAGCGUCGGGAUCGUACAACACGAAGAUGAUCCCAUGGAUUGGCGUGCCAAGAGUAAAAGCAGGUCCAGAUCCAGGUCUGUCAGCGCAAUGGACUGGCGAGCUGCGAGUCGGUCACGCUCUCGGCCGCCUGCUGCGCAGCUGCUGGGCCGCAUUGACGAGCCGGAAGGAGCUGAUGCGAACACUCUCAGCCAGUCUGCUCCUAACAGCGGCGGAUUUUCCUUCUCGGACUUCGCCGGACUUGUCGCAGAUUCGCCAAACGGUUUUGCAGAAGUGCCCGAGCUGUUAGCGCUUGGGACAUUACCAGCGUCGAAUCCUUUGGCACACGCAGACUUCGCUUCGGAAACGAAGCUUGGGCCCGCAGCUCAGGCAAUCAAAGAUUCGCAGCAAACGGCCACUUCCAGUGGUGGUCCCGGUCGCUCUGCAGCUGCUGCCCAAAAAGCAUCCAUGCAGCAAGCGUUCCGCAAGGCAGCUUUUAGCGAUCUGUUUGCUGGCACAGGUCUGCCGGGUCAUGGACGUCGGUCUGGCACGGACGAGCGCAACGUGCCAUUCUUCGUCGGAGGUCGCAAGACUAGCUGGGACAUGCACUCUAUUGGAGCUAACUCUGCUGGCGCGCCUCAGUCAAACAUUGGCAGCGUGCCAGGCAUUGCCGAUUUCAGCAGCCACCAAGCCAACCAUCACCCCGAAUACGGUUUCGUCCCACGAUUGGUCCGUAAGACUAGCUUUGAUCACAAGGUGUCUGAACGGAGCAGAUCCCGCGCACCACAGCCUCAUCCAUCUCCCUACGAUGGCAUCGCAGCGUCGAAUGCUCGGAAACGUGCCUACGAGCCAUCUCCGGCUCGCCCACCUCCAAGCGCUCCUUACACGCAAGACCAGCGCGUCGCCGCUGGCCUGUCCCGACUGCUACCUUCUUUCGCUCAGUCAGAUGCGAUGUACCCCGGCGUUGUGCCUAUGUCCACAUUCGACUUCUCCAUUCCUCCACCAGGGGACGGCAUGGGCCAUCAUCUGACGGUACCAGGCGGACCCGGCUCGCAACCCAGCAUGAGCGCUUUCGAUCCCCAUUCAGUGCCAGCAUCUGCUCUCCAGAGUCCAGAUUCAGCUGGGUUCCCAGCUUCGUAUGGCCCCCAGGGGGCUGGGGCUCUGAACAGCCCGAGCGACAGCUCUGCGCUCGCUGAGAGUCAUGGCGCUGCUGGUCAGCACAUGCCCACUCCGCAGAACGAUAUAGAAGCCAUUAUGAGCAUGUUCUACAAUUCUGACGCAACCCUCGCCGCUCAACAACACCCCGGUAUCACACACAUCAACCCUAAUCAAGUCUUUGGUCAUGGCCCCGGUGGAUUCGAUCCUGCAGCUAUCACUGCAGCCCACAACAUGCUGAAUGGCCUCGCCUCUGGUGACGAAGGCUCGGUCACCUCGCCGUGGGCGUAUAGCCCGGCAAGCGCGCAGACGAAUUCAGAUCCAGCUUCCACUCCUCCUUUCCAAGCUCCACCCCAAAACGGCUACCACUCCAGCCCUCUGAGCGGUGCUCCACCUGGCAGAUCUCUCGAGCACAAUCCCUCCCGCUCAGGAAGCUCGGGCAACCUUCAAGGCGCUGCGAGUCUGCACGGAAAGGCUGGCCAAAGCUCCAAGAACGGGUCAGGCUCCGACGCCAAGAAGCCGACGAAUGGAACCAUUGGCGAGGGCGCGUUGGCCUCCACCUCAAAGUCCGACUCGACCAGUAUGGCCACUGCUGAUCCCCCUACUGUUUGCUCCAACUGCUCCACCAUGAAGACGCCUCUGUGGCGUCGCGAUCCAGACGGGAAUCCGCUAUGCAAUGCUUGCGGUUUGUUCCUCAAGCUGCAUGGUGUCGUUCGGCCGCUAUCCCUCAAAACGGAUACCAUCAAGAAACGCAACCGAGCAGGUGCAGCUAGCAAAGACAAGGCGAGGCUCGCAGCAAUCGGUAAGCCGCAGCCGAUGCCCCCUCAAGUGGUUCCCUCUCAGCCUCACCACAUGGUGGUCACAGCAGCCAAUGACAAAAGACAGAGGCGGGACAGCAAAUAG